AAAUCAGACAGGAAGGAGGGUUGAGGUGGAGCCCGGCACAGGAAGAGGUGAGGAGCCCCAGCUGGCGUGACAGCCGGUGGGCUCGGGGGACUGCAAGAGCCGGCAGGCCGCAACCCCCCUGCCCUGCUCGGGCAGCACCUCCCCAUCCCUUCCCACAAGACCUGACUCCUGCCUUGCACAGAUCCUGAGGGCUCGAGGCCCGGCUGGCCGGCCACAGAGAAUCCCAGGACACCCCCCACCCUGCCACCACGCCGCUGCCUCCACCCACUGGAGCAGGGCUGAGCGUGGGAGCACCGGGAUGGAGCAGCCCCAGCCCCCCAGUCUCGGCCUCCCUAGGACAAUGAGGCCCAGGAGACCUGUGGACGAGGGAUGGCCGACCCCCACCCCCUGAGUCGUGGGGCCCGGCGGAAGGGCUGUUGUGGGCUGGACAUCCGGCCUGCUGCAGAUCACCGAAUUCCCUUCCCAGACUGGCUUCCUUCAUUCGCCCCUUCGUGUGAGUGGACCUGCCCUUCGCCUCCUCUCUAUAUCCAGGUCACAAAUGAGGACACCAGCGCACAAGCAGCUCAGGCGGCCUGCCCAGCGUCACACAGCCACUCCUGGCGGCAAUCCCAGACUCCAUGAGGAAACAGGAGGUGUGGACCAGUGGGGAGGCAGGCCAGGGCCGAGGCCCCGGCUCCCCGGCGGGGCAGGUGAAAGCCCUCGUGGACCUGCUGGCCGGGAAGAGCAGUCAGGGCUCCCAGGCCCCACAGACCCCGGACAGGACACCACACGGUGAUGACUCCAGGAUACAGAAGUGCCAGGAGACUCUGCUGAACAGGGCAAAGGGCAGCCCAGAGCUGGGUGGCCCCUCGCCCAGGCUGACCAGCCUCCUCCUGGUGGAGGGGCUCACGGACCUGCAGCUGAAGGAACACGACUUCACGCAGGUGGAGACCACACGUGGGGACUGGCACCUGGCUAGGACCAUCGCCCUGGACAGACUCUUCCUGCCUCUGUCUCGGGUUUCUAUUCCACCCCGAAUCUCCAUCACCAUCGGGGUAGCCGGCGUGGGCAAGACCACCCUGGUGAGGAACUUUGUCCACCUCUGGGCCCAGGGACAGGUUGGCAAGGACUUCUCCCUGGUGCUACCCUUGACCUUCCGAGAUCUCAACACCCACGAGAAGCUGUCUGCUGACAGACUCCUCCGCUCCGUCUUCCCACACGCUGGGGAGUCUGGCCUGGUGGCAGCGGCCCUACCCCAAAUCCUCCUGAUCCUGGAUGGCCUGGAUGAAUGCAAGACCGCCCUGGACUUCUCCAACACCGCGGCCUGCACGGACCCCAAGAAGGAGAUCCAGGUGGACCACCUGAUCACCAACAUCAUCCGAGGGAACCUCUUCCCAGAAGUUUCCGUCUGGGUCACUUCCCGCCCCGGCAUGGCUGGCCAGAUCCCGGGGGGCCUGGUGGACCGGAUGACAGAGAUCCGGGGCUUUACGGAGGAGGAGAUCAAGGAGUGUCUGGAGGAGCUGUUCCCGGAGGACCACACCCUCUCAGACUGGGUCCUGAGGCAGGUGCAGGCAGACAGGGCCCUAUACCUGAUGUGCACGGUGCCGGCCUUCUGCCGCCUCGCAGGGCUGGCACUGGGCCACCUGAGCCGCAGCAAGCCGGGGCCCCAAGAGGCGGAGCCGUGGACCCCCAGGACGCUGUGCGAGCUCUACUCUUGGUACUUCCGGAUGGCCCUCGGUGGGGAAGGGCAGGAGAAGGGCAAGGCGAGCCCUCGCAUCGAGCAGGUGGCCCACAGCAGCCGCAAGAUGGUGGGGACGCUGGGCCGCCUGGCCUUCCACGGGCUGGUCAGGAGGAAGUACGUGUUCUACGAGCAGGACCUGAAGGCGUUUGGCGUGGAUCUCGCUCUGCUGCAGAGCGCCCUGUGCGGCUGCUUCCUGCGGCGCGAAGAGACGCUGGCCUCCGCCGCGGCCUACUGCUUCGCCCACCUGUCCCUGCAGGAGUUCGUGGCGGCCGCCUACUACUACGGCGCCUCCAGGCGGGCCAUCUUCGACCUCUUCACCGAGGGGGGCGUGUCCUGGCCCCGCCUGGGCUUCCUCACGCAUUUCCGGGGCGCGGCCCAGCGGGCCAUGCAGGCGGAGGACGGGCGGCUGGACGUGUUCCUGCGCUUCCUGUCGGGGCUCCUGUCUCCGAGGGUCAACGCGCUGCUGGCGGGCUCCCUGCUGGCCCAGGGCGAGCACCAGGCCUACCGGGCCCAGGUGGCUGAGCUCCUGCAGGGCUGCCUCCGCCCCAACGUGGCCGUGAGCGCCCGGGCCGUGAACGUCCUGCACUGCCUGCGCGAGCUGCAGCACCCGGAGCCGGCCCGCAGCGUGGAGGAGGCCCUGGAGAGCGGGGCCCUGGCGGGGCUCAGCGGCCCCCAGCACCACGCUGCCCUGGCCUACCUCCUGCAGGUGUCGGACGCCUACGCCCAGGAGGCCAACCUGUCGCUGUGCCUCAGCAAGGGUGUCCUCCAGAGCCUGCUGCCCCAGCUGCUUUACUGCCGGAGCCUGAGGCUGGACAGCAACCAGUUCCAGGACCCCGUGAUGGAACUGCUGGGCAGCGUGCUGAGUGGGAAGGACUGUCGCAUUCAGAAGAUCAGCUUGGCUGAGAACCAGAUCGGUAACAAAGGGGCCAAAGCUCUGGCCAGAUCCCUCUUGGUCAACAGAAGUCUGACUUCUCUGGACCUCCGCAAUAACUCCAUUGGACCUCAAGGGGCCAAGGCUCUGGCAGAUGCUCUGAAGAUUAACCGCACUCUGGCCUUUCUGAGCCUCCAGAGCAAUGCCAUCAGGGAUAAUGGAGCCAGGUCUGUGGCUGAGGCCUUGGCCGCCAACCGGACCCUCUCUGUGCUGCACCUACAGAAGAAUACCAUCGGGCCCGUGGGAGCCCAGCAGAUGGCAGAUACCCUGAAACAGAACAGGAGUCUGAAGGAGCUCAUAUUCUCCAGUAACAGCAUUGGCGACGGAGGUGCGGAGGCCCUGGCUAAGGCCCUGAAGGUGAACCAGGGCCUGGAAAGCCUGGACCUGCAGAGCAAUUCCAUCAGUGAUGUGGGGGUGGCGGCGCUGAUGGGGGCCCUUUGUGCCAACCAGACCCUCGUCAGCCUCAACCUGCGGGAAAACUCCAUCAGCUCAGAGGGAGCCCGGGAGCUGGCGCGAGCUCUCUCCAUCAACACCACCCUGAAGAACCUGGACCUGACAGCCAACCUCCUCCACGACCAGGGCGCCCAGGCCAUCGCGGUGGCAAUGAAAGAAAACCAGGCCCUCAAGUCCCUUCACCUGCAGUGGAACUUCAUUCAGGCCGGUGCCGCCAAGGCCCUGGGACAAGCACUACAGCUCAACAAGAGCCUGACCAGCCUCGAUUUACAGGAGAACGCCAUCGGGGACGAAGGCGCCUCUGCAGUGGCCAGCGCCCUCAAGGCCAACACGGCCCUCACUGCGCUCUAUCUGCAGGUGGCCUCCAUUGGCUCCCGGGGGGCCCAGGCGCUAGGGGACGCCCUGGCCAUGAACAGAACCUUGGAGAUUCUCGACUUACGAGGAAACGCCAUCGGGGUGGCGGGGGCCAAAGCCUUGGCAAAUGCUCUGAAGGUGAACUCUAGUCUUCGGAGACUCAAUCUUCAAGAGAAUUCCUUGGGGAUGGACGGGGCGAUAUGCCUUGCCACUGCACUGUCUGGAAACCAUGGCCUCCAGCACAUCAAUCUCCAGGGAAACCACAUUGGGGAAUCUGGUGCCAGGAUGAUCUCAGAGGCUAUCAGGACAAAUGCUCCUUCGUGCACUGUUGAAAUGUGAGCAAAACAAGUUCCUGGUGGACCUGGCAGGAGGACAGGCAGAGCAGCAGCUGGAAGCUUUGGAAUGGAAAGACCAUUUCCCGGGACUCCUUCCUGUGGUCUGGGAGUGACGCUGACCCACACAGGAGCUGGUCUCCUGCAAGGAGGCAGGAAAGGUGCUGCCAAAGAGGUCACGAGCAGCUCUCCUAGACCUGGGUCAGUCCCAGCAGGGGUGAGCGGGAUUCUCUGCUAUGUUGCAGAGCAAGGAAGGGCUCCAUCAGUGACACAGGCCUUAAAGCUCAGGAGGUAAGAAGCCGGUGUGAACUCGUUUAUACCUGGAGGUCUUCACGUGCCCUUAACAUUUAUUAUUAUUGCCCUUCUCUGCUGGUCACAGUCAUCCCCCCCACUCUGCCAUCCUCGAGCCUAUACAGGGGAUUCAUUUGGCAUUGGUGACAGAAGGGACCUUUUUUUUUCUCAAGAAGAAUACAAGGUUUUAGGAGUAUGAUCCUUAGAGACACAUGGAAAAAUUAGAAUUUUUUUGAAGAGAAAUGAAGGCUUUCAUUACAGGAUUUUGGAGAAAAAGACAAAAAAAGUUGUCCAAGCUUCUUGC